AUGGUCCGUCGCCUUCUGUUUGGCAGCAAGUUUUCCCGACAGCAGGUCGAGGAUCGACUCCCUUGCCCCUCUGCGGAGGACGCAUCCACUGUCGACAGCACAACUGGCCCAGCCGCUGCGCCCCGGCGAACGCCUCUGUCAAAACACCCUUCGCUGGACGAGAGUCGCCGGCUCCUGUUCUCCCAGUCUUUGCCAGACGACGUUCAGGAUCCGUUGACUCAAGCCUUCGGCGCGCUUCGCUUUGCCGCAGAGGAAAACAGUCUCCCUUCGAACGCCUCUUCCGUAUCCGCUGCAGAACAGCCAACUGUCCUUUCUCGGCGGUGGGCGUCCCAGGUGGGCUGUCGCAGCGAAGAGCCACCGCGGCUGUGGUCUCGCAGCGCUCCCGCACAGGACUGCGUCGGCCCAGUGAAAGGGACACAACGGUCUUCGCUCUCCCCUUUCGGUCGUCGUGAGCGUCCCCCCAAGGACUGCCGCGCCUUUGACGGCCCGUGGCUUUCCAGCGGCGCGCAUCGCCUUGGCCGCUCAGCGGGGGGAAGCGUCGCAGACAGCUGUCCAGGCACCACAGACACGCCGUUUGACAGCGGAAGCAGCGACAGCGAGCGCGAGAAACAACAGGACAUGCCUUACCCCGGUCCGCUGAAGCGGCGGCGAGCAACGCCGUCCCGGGAGGCAUCCUGUGGCGGCGACGCUCCGCCCGCAGACGCGCGGGAGGAAAGCAGUCGAGCAAACCGAGCGUUCCUUCAAAGCGCGUCGAAAACCGAGAACGAGCCUGAAGGGCCCCCUUCGUCCUCGGGGGUGGCGCCUGGAGCGAAACCCCGGCGCAUCGGCGGCUUCAUCGGUUUCCUGCUGUCGCUCUUCAGUCCGCCGGCCCCGGUCCCCGACCCUGUGCACGCUCUUCCUCCCGCGACGAACGAGGGCCCUCCCCUCGUGCCUGCCGGAUCCAAACUGUCGCUCGCUGCUGUCCCUGCCUCCUGCCGUUCUUGCUCCUGUCUCGCCCGGAGUGCCUCAGCCCACGCCUUCCACACGGCCGGUCUCUACACGGGCGCGGUCUUCCGCUCGUCGGCGUCCUCCUUCGAUGGCGCCUCUUCCGCUUCGUUUGCUUCAGGCCCACGCCUUGCGCGCGCUCUCCCCCCGCACCUCGAGUCCUCCGGCUGCAUGCACGCGUCGAGCGGGGCGCUCUCGGCGGCCGGCCGUCUCGCGCCUGCUCCAGGCCCCCCGCGCGCGCCGCAGUCUCCAGUCGUCACCGCCUGCACUCGGACGGCGCACUUAGCAGACGCUGCCCAGCGCGUGCUUCGCCUUCUCUGGAGCGGUUGCUGCGUGGGCGUGGUGCUUUGGCUGCUGCUGCAUCUCGCUUUCUCGCUGUACCGCGACAUUCAACAAGGCGAGGAGCAGAGACAGCUCCGGACGGCUGCCGAGGCGGCUCACUGUCGGCAGCAACACCGCGAGAACGGCUGCGACACACUCCACCCGCUGCCGCCAUAUCUGCAGCAGCCGUGCGACGCGUGGAAAUCCUGCCUCAUGCGACAGCCCCAACACCACGGCGAGAGGACCAAAGUCGUCGCGGCCAUCGUCGGAGACGUUCUCAACGCGUUCUUCCAGCGACUAGAGUGGCGGACCAUCGCGUGCCUGAGCCUGCUUCUACUCGCUGUGAUCUACGCCACGAGGUGGGUUUCGCAACCGAUUGCGCCGCCUCUGCUGCCUCCUCGAGACGAAGGCGGCGGGCCAGAGAAAGCGGCUCUGGUGCCCUACCUGGCCGACUCGCCGCUGACGCCGGAGGCACACGCCUGCGGGCUUUCUCCCUGGAAGGCGCAUGCAGACAGCCACGAGCCGCACUGCAUGCACGCGAUGCGAGGCAGGGGCGACUGCCAGGUGGGCGACGCCCCCGCCAACGUGGCGGUGCCAGGAGCCUACGAAGAAGUCGAGCGCCGACGACUCGCCGACAGACGGCCAUGGACCAAGUUACGACAGUCUCAGGACCAGGACAAAGUGUACUGA